GUGAUGUGUACCUCGCACGGCGAUAUUAUACAUACCAGCGCUUGUUUUCGCGACAUUAUAAAGGGCUAUACCAAUAUAUUAAAUAAUAAAAAAUAUUAUUUAAGAUUUAUAUCAGACAGAAAUGGAGAUACUUUGUCGGAAAAAGAUGCGCAUGUCAGCAACAUGGCAACUUUCUUGUUUACUGCUGAUCGUCGUUCACUUUCGGGGAUCUCAUCAGUCAACGAUUGCCGCCAUGACCUCGCUGUCUAAUGUGACAAACCCAACAUCAUCAGAUGUUACUAACCACGCCAGUUCAAAUCUGCCUGUUGAACCGGCGCAUAUCAACCAGACAGACGCCUCUGCAACCCCCAAGGAGCCGGAAGCGAGCCAUCACUCCUCAACCUAUGAGCUGGUUCAAGUCCACUGGGAGCACGUGAAGGCCCCGCUUGUGUUUACACUCGUUGUCAUCAUCGCCGGCCUAAGCAAGAUCGGGUUCCAUUACUCGCACUUCCUGUCAUCUAAAGUCCCCGAGUCCUGUGUUCUUAUAAUGAUCGGCGUCAUAUUCGGUAUCAUACUGAGGUUUACAAACACAUCAGACAAGAUAACGCUGUAUGCGCCACACGAGUUCUUCUUGUAUUUACUUCCACCAAUUAUAUUGGAGUCAGCAUUUAGUUUGUAUGAUCGAACGUUUGUCGACAACAUUGGUGGCGUCUUGCUGUUUGCCGUAUGGGGGACAAUUUUCAAUUGCUUCCUCAUAGGUCUGACGCUAUGGGGUCUCUUCCUAGUUGGCGCCAUGGAGGAUAUCAAUUUCACGUUCGUUCAGGUUCUCGUGUUCAGCUCUUUGAUUGUUGCCGUCGACCCCGUGGCGGUGCUCGCAGUAUUCCAGGAGGUAGGGGUGAACCACACGCUCUAUUUCCUCGUCUUUGGAGAGUCCCUGUUGAACGACGGUGUGACGGUCGUGAUGUAUAACGUGAUGCAGGUCUUUAACGGGUUCGAAACUAUCACGGUUGGUCAGUGUUUUAUGGGCGUGGCCAAGUUCUGCAUCGUCUGUACGGUGGCCACAUGUAUCGGUCUCGUCUGCGGACUGAUUGGUUCUUUCUUAACAAAGUUCACUAGAUCCGUCAAAGUUGUUGAACCCAUGAUAGUGUUCGGGUUUGCUUACGUGUCGUACCUGCUUUCCGAAAUGUUCCAAUUUUCCGGAAUCAUCAGUAUUAUUGUGGCCGGUGUAGUCUUAGUACACUAUUCUUUCCACAACGUGACCAAGAAGUCCAAAAAGGCGAUCCAAUUCAUCUCGAAAGUGAUGGCGAAUCUUUGCGAGAUCAUUAUCUUCAUGUUUAUCGGUUUGGUUACCGUGGAUCAAGACCACGACUGGCAAACAGGGUUCAUUCUAUGGGCCACAUUUUUGUGUGUCGUGUAUAGAUUCGUAGUAACCUACGUCUUGUCCCUUCUCGUCAAUCGUUAUGCAACUACUCGGGUCCGGAAAAUUAGUUACAUGGAAAUGUUUAUGAUAAGCUACGGCGGACUGCGUGGGGGCAUAGCCUUUUCCCUAGCCGCUUCAAUCAGUGAGACUGCGAUUCCAGCGAAAAAAUUGUUCGUUACAGCUACGUUGUUCGUGAUUUUCUUCACCGUGUUCGUUCAGGGUGGGACCAUCAAAUGGCUCACGAAAAAAUUGCGUAUCGCCAUGGCGGAGACCAGCAAGGAAAUGCGCAUAACCGAAGAACUGUCUCAGCAUGUGUUUGAUCACAUGUGUAAGGCUAUUGAGGACAUCGUGGGAUACACUACAGGUCAAUAUCGUAUUAAGAACAAAAUAUACCAAAUAGACGAUGCAGUUGUACGACCGAGGCUUGUGCGAAGUGCUACUACCACGAAGCUUGAUAGUUUCUCGCUGUAUUACGAGACGCUCGUGAUGAAAGAACACUACAAGAAUCUGCAGUUGAGUGGAGCCAAACUGCCGCGAGUGAAGACAGCAAUCCGUCACUUGGACAGCGAAAUUGCCCUGGAUAAGCUUGCACACAGCUCAUCGGAGUCAGGGUCCUCUGAAAAUCUGCACGAGACCGUCGUAAGACGAGAACAAGAGAUGCAAGAGGAGAACAGGCGACACGGGGUCGACAACUUACAAUUCUUUUCGACGACGCUCGAUUCCGUUCGGAACCAGAUGCACCAAGAUGUUCACGAUAAGAACCUCGCGACGUCGAGCAGUGGCCGCUCCAGCAUGAUUAGCUUUCUGCGCAAGAAGCACAAAAAGAACAAGGCGUUGCAAGAUAUGCGCAAGCAUAGCGCGUCGGAAGGAUCAAAGGCGGCGAUUCCCAUAAGCUUCUCCUUCAACAUCGACGACAGCAAUGCCCUAGAAGAAAGGACAUCAAGUCAGGCGAAGCUUAGAGUUACGCAUGAAGAUGAAACCAAGGGAACCGAUGGCUAUUACAACAAGGGCUAUGACUCCAACGGCAAAGUAGUAUUUGAACUAUAAAUAGAAAAAAGUGACUUUCGAACUAUAGAUGGUGAACGUACCAUGUAAGCCAUAAAUUGUAAUAGUUACAAUUUAGGUAAUACUAACACUCGGUUGUUUUUUGUGUAGGAACCAAGUUGAAUAUACGUGAUUCAUCAUGUUUUCUCCAAUAACGGUUUAAGUGUGUUUCAAACGGUGGAUCUAGAAAUCAAAAGAAAUGAUUGAGCACUAUAUAAAAAGUGUUUUGUGACUUAUAGUCUACACUCGGUGUCCGGGAUUUCAGGUCAAUUAUUGCAGAAUAUAUUUGUAGACUGAACGUAUUCAUGUUUACUUCAAAAGUUUGUUCAAACUGUAUUGUGAUAUGUGUGACCGCCUGUGUGUCAAUAAUUUAUAGCUCUAUUUAAGUUGAAUCUUUAUGAAGUAAUAUUCACGAAGGAUAACUUUUUUUAUAACUUACGCAAAACUGUAUUUGUUAUUUUUUUUACAAUAACCCUUCACAUAAAUUCAACUAUUGUGAAUAAUGAUUUAACGUAUUGACACGUCAUUUAAAAUUGUUUACAAUAUAUAUAUAUAUAUAAUUUAUAAUAUAUUUACCCUAUGAGUUUCCAUAAACAAAUAUGCGAAGUGUACGUCAUCCGAACUUAUUUAAGUUAAUAAAUUACUGUUUUCUGUCUGGUAAAGUAUCAGGCUGUUUAACUGGAGACUGUAUGUACAAACAAAAAGUAUUAAAUCAUUCAUGUGUACAUUACAGACAAAUAUUUAUAAAACAAUUUGCUAUGUCAUUAAAAGAACGGUCUAGUCCUUGGUAAACCAAUCAAUAUUAACGGCAAUAACAUGUAUUCAUAAAAAAGGUAAAAGCAAAACAGAAAUACGUGAAAGGGUUUCUUAAUGCUCCGUUGUAUGAGGAACGACAGCUGAUCGAUUACGACGACGGUUAAGACUUACAUUUUGUCUACUUUAAUACAAUAUAUUAAGUAUACAUUUCGUACCAUGGUUGUAUAUCAAUUAUUAUUAUGUUUGUGAUGUUUGUAUAUUAUGGUUUAUUUACAUUGCUAAUAACUAUAUAUGACAUAUUCAAGACAAACUUGUGAUGUGUUGUGAUAUGCUUGUACAUAUUGUUAUAUUCGGAAAUCAAUCUGCUCAAAUCUAGUGUUAUUAAAUGAUGUUAAUAUUUUAUUUGCAAAACAUAACUUAACUGUUUGUUGUGUUAUUGUAUGGAACGUUUGUAGCUUGAAUAAAUGCUUCUCAUAAAAUGGUCAGUUUUAUUUCAAAACACUUUUGGAAAUGUAAAUUACCGAUACUACACAGGUAUUAAUAACUGAUGCUGAUGGCGGUUGUGAAUGUCAGUUACAUUUAUUUAACAUUUAUGUUUUUUCCGAUAUGUAUAGUUGGUGCACAGUGUACGUGCAUUCGUUUGUCUUAUAGGAUUAAUCAAACAACGUUAAGAUUUCUCUUAGUUGUCUGCAUGAGUAAAGCACGCCAAAGUAGAUAACAGAUUAUAUAUAAUAAAAAGCACAGUUGCG